AUGGCCAAGAUCCAGCCCCUCCCUGCCGCUGCCGCUGCCUCGCAAUCCACCUCCUCAAGCUCAUCCUUCGACGAUCGGCAGGGCGGGCAGGCGUACACGGUGUGGAUGAAGUCGCUGGUGUUCAACGGCAGCGGCUGCACGGUGUACACCCCGGACGGCGCCGUCGCCUUCCGCGUGGACAACUACAGCUGCAGGGGCGGCCGCGAGGUCUUCUUCAUGGACCGUGCCGGCAACACAGUCCUCAGGAUCAGACGCAAGGGCUUCGGCAUGUUCAGGAGGUGGGAGGUCAGCCGGUGCACCCACAACGGCGGCGAGGAGGACGAGGCGACGCCGUGGUUCAGCGUGCGACGGGCCCAGAAGGCCCGAGCCAGCGUGAGGAUGCACGGCGGCGAGGGGACGUGCUACCUGGUCGACGGGUGCUGCGCGCGCAAGUCUGAGUACAGAGUCAGCGGCGUCGACAGCGCGAUCGUGGCGGAAGUCUCGCGGAAGCAGACGUCGGCGGGGGUCGUGCUGGGUGAGGACGUACUGUCGCUGACGGUGGGGACGGAGGUGGAUCACCUGCUCGUGCUUGGUUUGGUCGUCGUGCGCGGCCUCAUGAACCGCUCCUUGUGA